GAUUAAGCUUCUUUAUUUAUGUACACUGGACUUUUGUAUAGUAUGUAACACAUACUGAUUGUUUUAUAAAACUACUUUUCAGAGGUUUUAGAAAACCGAAGAAAAAAAGAGAAACCCGUGUGACGGGCAGAGCGGGCCGGCCCGUUUGAGUCGGCUUUCCGCAAUGAGGCUCCCCUAUUUCUUGAUGUCCUCGUGGGCCUUCUCGAACGACCGGGGGCGUGCGUGUUCCGGACUUCUCCGGAAGCGUCCCGCCGCGUGCCCUCCGCCGCCGCCGCAUAUUCUUUUCUUUUCUUCUUUUCUUCUUCUUCCCCAAGAUGAACCGACCGAUUUCUCAUCUUACAACGAAAAGAAAAAAUUAAAAAAAGAGAAGGAAACCGACCCCUACUCCUUUUUCCACUCGAUUCUUUCUUGCUGCACAAGAAGAGCGCGCCUUAAUCCGCAACGAACCCGCCCACAGAGGCACCCAAACCCCGCCCGCCGCCUCCGCCCCCUCGGUUCCGCAGAAUCCCCCGAGCUCGUCGGCGGAGCUGCUCCGGCCGCCUCGCUCGCUCGCCGCCGUUGCGCCAUGGCUACGCCGCUGGUAGCUGGGCUGUCGGUAGCUGCUGCUGCCAUGGGAAGCAGAUUCAUGAUUCAGGCAUGGCAGGCCUUUCGAAUCCGGGCGGCGAUGCCACGUGUGCGUAAAUUCUAUCCUGGCGGAUUUGAGAGGGAGAUGAGCAGAAGAGAAGCGGCACUGAUCCUUGGCGUAAGAGAACGUGCUGCACUGGACAAGAUAAAGGAGGCCCACAAGAGGGUGAUGGUAGCCAACCACCCUGAUGGUGGCGGCAGCCAUUACAUUGCUUCCAAGAUAAACGAGGCCAAGGACAUGCUCAUGGGGAAGGGCAAAUCCGGGUCCAUUUUUUAGCCAGUGCAUACGAGAUGGAGGUUAUUUUGCAUUGUUCGCGACGAGGUAGUGAUUCGCUUUCCGUUGACAUCAUUAACAGUGUUGUGCUGAUACCGUGCAUCUGAACAAAGAUGCACGUUAUGGAAACAGAGUAACUUGAUUAUGUGGCUGAUGUAAGUUUACCCAGCGGCUCCAGAUAUUAUGCUAACCUUCUGUUGUGACCAUUGGGCUGUCUUACUUGAAAGAUUGUAUAUUUGGGGCUUGUUGCUUACUGAUGUGUGUGUAUGCUAUCAGUUUGUUUCUCAUUGUUUAAUGUCAUUGCUGAUAAAAGCAUAAACUGUUUAUGAUCA